CUUUCGUGGGGAGAGGCGGAUCAUUGUGAGUCCAAUGUUUCUCCACAGAGCGGAUCUGAACCUUUCUCCUCGAACAAAACCAUUCCCACUGAGAUAGCUGAGAGACGGCUUUCCCAUCUCCCGGAGAGGAGCUGGAGGUGGACUAUAGGGGGGAAACAUCACAAUGAUCCACACCAUGGAAUGCGCAGCGGACGCGCAAAGCCUCAUCUCCAUUUCCUUAAUGAAGAUCCACAACUCCAGGACGCAGAGAGGGGGGAUCAAGCUGCACAAAAACCUGCUGGUCUCCUACGUGCUGCGGAACGCCAGGCAGGUCUACGUCAAGGAGAAAUACGCGGAGAUCUAUAGGAUGCAGCAGUACGAGGAGGUGAUGACCGUCUGCAACGAGAUCCAGGAGCUCAACCCGCUGGAUCUGGACGCAGAGGACGCCGGCGACGAGGAGCAGGCGCGGGCUGCUUGCUGCGGCGAAGAGGCGAGUCUCUGCGGCUCCGCGUGCCACCGAGGCGCUGCGCAGCCAGCGGCGCACGCCCGGACAGCGAGCGCUCUUUUCGGCUGCUCUCCCCUAGAGGACGGCGGCAAAGAACCGGAUCCCUCCUACUAUCGAAGCUGCUGCAUGGAGGCUGCCCCCGUGCCCCACUGCGACCAGUUCCCUGCAAACGGCAGCACGCACUGCAACAUAACCACAGUGCUGGAUUUGGACACGCAUGUGGUAACCACGGUGGAGAACGGCUACCUCCACCAGGACUGCUGCUGCUGCGACGCGCUCCAGUGCGGCCAGGGCGCGCAGUCCCCGGCCAAGAAACGGAAGGUCGAGUUCGGCUUUUGUACGUCCGACGGCGAGGAGGUGUCGGAUUUGACAUCGGCUCGCAAGCGGGCGAAACGCGAGGACUGUUCCUACUUCCACCUAGACUACACAGACACUUCCAACAUCUCCAACCUGAUCUCCAUCUUCGGCUCGGGGUUUACAGGGCUGCUGAGCAGACAGGCGGACUUGGAACAGAUCUGUAGUAAACAGGUCCUGGCCAGCCUGGGGGCAUGGACCCGAGCGAUUGUGGCAUUUUGAAUCAAACCCUUUAUUAUUAUUAAUUUUUUUAGGAGAGACCGGGGUCAGUUGUAACACGUUUUCCCCACAAAAGUAUAACAACUGAACCCAGCGGAGAAGCGUUUUCUCCUGCCAGUUUUUGCUUGUUUGUUGGGGAACAAUGUUCCUGUUAUAGCCUAACAAAGUAACGUUCCCUUAACUGUUCUCCAAGGAAUAUUCCAACAUUUCACGUGUAAUUUGUGGAACGUAUUGCAUAGUUUACCCCUUCUGCUAUUUACGUGUCCAUGAUGGAAUGCACUUAGAACAAGUUUUCCUUGGGAACCUUAGGGGAACGUUGCCAGUUGACUGUACUGUUCCACAGCCUUUCUAUGUGCAAAUAGUGAACGGUGUGCUGCAGAAUGAUGGGUCGGGUGAGACCAGUGUUUUCUACAGAAGCUGUGCAUUGUUACAAAUAGAGCAACUGUGUGUGAGGUCAGUUGUAACGCUACAAAAAAAAAAUCCACUUUUCUUGUCACCGAUAUCAGUGUGGUCAGCAGUAGACGUCAUUUAACCGGCCAGUGAUAGUGAUGGUCACUGGUUUGGUAAAACACAGGUUUACUGAACACAGAAGGUGAGGAAACGUCACAAUUGGCCAAACUGUAUCCUCAAUAACUUCAUCUCUGAACACGAAUUGGUUAUUAUUGAAAAUGUUAGACACUGAGAAGGGAUUUUUGACCAUUCAGCUAAGUCGGUUUUAGCAUACGUUACAACUGACCUCUGGUGUCAUAGUAAAUACCAUGUGCUGAAAAGCGAUUUUUCUUAAAACACAAGUAUCAAGAAUUAGACCUCAAAGCCCACCUUUUGUCCUAAAGAAAGAACAGAUAACAGAUGUGAAUGUGGCUCGUUUGGUGUGCGCGGUGUGACGUCACUCCCGCUCGUUUCUGAUUGGAGGAUCUGGAGGUGUCACAACGGAUACCCGGUCUCCCCUACAAGGUCUAAAAUCUACUUUUAUUUUUGCAGGAAAAAAAGAAAAGGUAUUUAAAAAAAAAGAGCAUUUUAAUGACAAUAGUUUUGCCAGGGAGAGGACAGAGUUUGUGCCAUAUACACACACCCACAUAUAUA